AAGUUGCGUUGGCCAUUCAUCCCCCACUUAUGGAAACGCUUGGCGGUGGAAUUAUGGUUGCUACGACAACUAUAACAGUUCCGGGUCAGGUGGUUGUUGGAGCAGUUGCCGCUGCUGGCUUGGUAGUUGCUGGGAAUGUUAUUGGUGAUCAGCCUGCUAAUAAUCUCGUAAAUUCUGCUGGUUCAUCUUCUUCCGUCCCUGCCACUACUGUUCCCGCUGGUUGCUCAACUGCUUCUCAAGCAGCUAGUUCUGUUGUUACUACUUGCUUCGAAAGAAAGACUAUUAGCGAUUGGUUGCUAACUGAUGUAGUUACAAAUGAGGAAUCUCAAAGGUUGCUUGCUUUGGGAUUUGAUAGAACCACCUGUUUUGGGCUUCCUGAAUUAAAAGAGCAUCUUGAUUUUGAUAGUCCAGGCCAGCCAACAUCUAAAGUUGGUUUUGAACCACCUAAAAAUUGGGAUGUUCCUACGGGUGAAAAUCCAAGUAAUCCUAACGCUCACGGCGGUCCUCAUUGGGAUGUGGAAAAUCCACGAACCGGGGAGCAUGUGGAUGUGUUUCCGGAUGGCAAAGUUACGGAAGCAGAUUUAAGGGAAUUGUUGGCUUUGUUUUAUAGAUAUGGUGUUGAUAUGAAGCAACUAGCUGUCUUUUUAA